AUGUACACAAAUCUCACAAGAUUAACCUUAAACCUUUAAGGAAAUUUAAUUCAUGAUAAAGGGGCUUAAAUCUUAGGUACUGUAUUGUAAAAGUGCAAUAAGAUCGAAUAAUUGGAUCUUAACCUUAGUGAAAACACAAUUGGCAAGCAAGGGGCUCAAGCUUUAUUUUCUAGUUUUACAUAUUUUAAUAAUCUUUAAGAUUUAUCACUCGAUAUUCAAAACAAUAAAAUUGGUAAUAAUGGCGCUAAAUCAUUAAGUUCUGCUUUAGAAAAAUUAUAGCAUCUCUCAGCUUUGACCCUCAAGCUUUAGAGAAAUUUAAUGAGUGAAAAGGGUUUAUCUAGCAUAUAUUCUUCAUUAACAAAAUUCGAAGAUCUCAUAAGUUUAUAUAUUGAUUUGGAAUAUGAUCCAAUACAUAAGAAUGCGAAUAAUUAAAUGAGUGACAAUGGUGAAACAAAUUUAGGUAUCACUCUAAAAAAAUAAUGUAACAAACUUUAAAAGUUGACUCUUAAUCUUAAGAGAAACUUAAUUAAAUACGAAGAUUUAUUAAACCUAUAUUCUGGUUUAGAAAACUGCACUCAUCUUUAAUCUUUGACACUCAAUAUUAGUGAGAAGAAUAUUUUGAAAACAAAACUAUCAGAAAUACAAUUCAGUCCUAUUUUUAAAAAGUUAACUAAUCUCUCAAUACUGAAUCUUGAUCUUGAUGUUGAUUAUGGCACAAUAUUAGAAAAUCUAAUACCUUUGUCAUACAAUUAGCUCUAAACUUUCUCUCUAAACAUUAGGGCAAAUUUUAUGAAAUUCGAUAAUGUGAAAAUCUUUGUUUAAACUUUAGAUUCUUGUCUUAAUCUCACAAGUUUUGGCCUAGUAAUUGCUAAAACUAAUGAUAUUGCAAAGGAAUUGAAAAAAAGUGAAAUCGCUUACAUUAAUUAUAAAAUCUGUAAAUAUUAUAGACUUGUGAAUAAAAAAAUUGAGUUAUGA